AUGGCGCCCACCUCUCAGGCCGCCCAGCGGAUAGAGGAAGCUCGAGCUCUCGCAAAGAAAGAUGCUUCCAAGGCCGAAACAAUUUACAAGGACAUUCUCGCUCAGGGUCCUGGAUCCUCUGAAAGCUCGUCGCGCGAUUAUGAAAAUGCAUUGAUCGGAUUAGGAGAGCUCUACAGGGACGAGAAGAAGCCGCAGGAGAUCGCAGAACUGAUCAAAACAAGUCGGGAUUCGUUCUCUUCAUUUGCUAAAGCCAAGACAGCGAAGCUGGUCCGCCAGCUGUUGGACCUUUUCAGUGAGAUUCCAAACACCCUCGACAUUCAGAUUGCCGUCAUCAAGUCAUGCAUCGAAUGGGCUGUCGCCGAACGACGGUCAUUCCUCCGACAGAACCUCGAGACCCGACUUGUGGCGAUAUAUAUGCAGAAGCAAAGCUACUACGACGCUCUCAACCUGAUCAAUUCCCUUCUCCGAGAGCUAAAACGGCUGGAUGACAAGCUUAUGCUGGUUGAGGUGCAGUUGCUGGAGUCGCGGGUAUAUCAUGCUCUUGGAAACCAGGCCAAGGCCCGCGCUGCUUUGACUGCUGCUCGAACCUCGGCUGCAUCCGUCUACACCCCUCCGAAUCUGCAGGCUGGUCUGGAUAUGCAAAGUGGCAUGCUGCAUGCGGAGGAUAAGGAUUUCAAUACUUCAUUUUCCUACUUUAUUGAGGCUCUAGAAGGAUACAGUUCCUUGGAUGAGGGAGAGAAGGCGACGGCAGCGCUUCAGUACAUGCUGCUCUGCAAGAUCAUGCUGAACCUGGUGGAUGACGUGACGACACUAUUGGGCUCGAAGCAGGCACAGAAAUACGCCAGCCCGCGACUCGAGGCGAUGAAGGCAGUAGCACGUGCUCAUGCCAACCGCUCGCUCGAGGAGUACGAGAAGGCGCUCUCUGAUUACCGGUUCGAACUAGGCAGUGACGCCUUUAUUCGUAACCACCUUCGCAGGCUCUACGAUGCUAUGUUGGAGCAAAACCUUAUCAAGGUUAUUGAACCGUUCAGCCGUGUUGAGUUGGAUCACAUUGCCAAGAUGGUUGGAUUGGACACACAGCAGGUGGAAAGGAAGCUUUCGCAGAUGAUUCUGGACAAGGUGAUCAUCGGUGUGCUAGACCAGGGCGCUGGGUGUUUGAUUGUCUAUGAUGAGACCGAACGUGAUCAAGGAUACGACGCUGCUCUAGAAACCAUCGCCAAACUGAGUAAUGUUGUGGAGGAGCUGUACACUAACCAGGCAUCGCAACUGGAGUAA